GCCGAGUACCAGACAGUGAAGGCGAUGCCAGCAGUCGUCCUGGAGGAGGCGAGUCCGAAGGAGAUGAAGAAAAUGCUGUCCACGUGGGGUCGACGAAUGGGGCGGAAGUUGGAAUUCCUUCGUCGCGUUGACUCCAGGGAAGCCCUAAACGCCACCCCGUCACCUCCCGUAAGCAGCGGUGGGUCCGCCCGCAAGAGAUCUCCGUGGCGACUCGGUCGCAGUGCGUCAGAUUCCGUGUCACCGCCACCUACCAGAAGCACUGCCGUCAGCGACGCAGAAAACACCCGAAGAAGGGCCCUCAGUGACGUCACAGAGCAUUCACCGUCGCCUCUCAAGAGUUUCUUUAUCAGGAUGGGUUCUACUGGAAUGCUAACCACGGCAAAACACCAAGUAACUCUCAGCUCCAGCUUCAAGGAACAAAUCUUGCCCAGCGUUAACCCAGACAUCCCAGGGGGCAAGGUGCUCUAUAAGAGUUCCUCGACGUCUCAGCUGUCAGCGUCUUACGUUAGGGGAGAAGACCCCGCUGACGGGCUGGAUCUGUCCCUCCAGCCUUCGGAAAGUACGAGCGAUAUUUCUGCGGCUGCCAGAGACUCGGAACAAGUAGCGAAUAGUGUUAAAAAGCGAGUUCCGUCUGUCGAAACCGAUCCCAGUUACGUACCCACGAAGACUCGAAGUUGCGACAACAUAUCAAGUCUUGGUGUGAACUCGGGAACGUCCGCUAACUCACCGUCUGCCGGAGGAAGCAGAAGGGCUCAUUUUCCAUACGCAUUUUUGCGUUCGAAAUUGUCUGUCCUCCCGGAGGAAAAUGGAGGCAGCGUUAUUAACCAACAAAACCGAAGGAGAGUUUCGAACAAGGAGAUUUUUCAGGAAAACCGAAGGUCCCUCAUCGAGCAGAGCUCCGAAAGGGCGUACAGACUGAGGGCAAAUUCCGAAGAAUGUGUCCCUGCAGCGUUGCUGGCCGAAGACACUUCGCCUUUCCUCGAAGGUACAAACACGUUAGGUCGUAGACGGAAGGACAGCCAAGAGGCGAAGUCUCACAGACGGUAUAAUUAUUCUGUUCCUCAGUCGUUCACGGCGAUGCCGUACCAAACUAGCAUCAGCGAGGAAGAACCUCUACCACCAAACUCGGGUCAACCCAGUUUUUACGUAAGUUCCAACGAAUCCGGUUACGACAGCGAUGGUCCCCGGCACGGCGAGGAGUCCAUAUGCAAAGUAGGAACGGGCGAGAAGUGUCUAAACACUGCCUGUGACCAGGACGGCGACAGUGGUAUAAUCGCCAAUGAAAGUUCUGACUCCGGGUCAAUCCACGAUUCUGACCUCGGAAAUAACGAAAAUGGCACUGGACAGAAUGGCAAAUGCAAUGGCGAGCUGUUAGCGGGCGAUUGCCCUCCGGUGCCUCAGCGAUCUUCGACGCCGACUCUAGAAGAAGUGCAUCAGUCUUUUUUGUCACGUCGUGAUAAAUGGGCGAGAUCUUCCAGCAUCGCCGCUCUGCACACUUCGUGUGGUAGUAAGGACUCGCGCACGGCCGAGAUUCUCGCCAACCUGGGCCCCUGGGAAAGACAGAGGAAAACACAGUUCGAGGAUGUAAGUACCCUCACGCGUCGGCAGAAAUUCUUGACGUCCCAGUUGGUUGAGGAAACAUUCGCUUUUCCAACGGAGAGACAGACCCCGGUAACAUCACACCGCAGUUCCAGUGGGGCCCUGGAAUUGGGAAGGGAUUCAACCGACUCCAUAAGCCAGUCACGAGUACAAACUGGAAGCCCUGACGUAGUUAACAGCUGCAGGAGACUUCCAGGGGCUUCCUCUCUGACGUCUUUGCAUGACCGACGUGACAGAGACCUUUGCAGAAGACGCUUCAUGCUUGUCAGACUUUCGAAGAUGAGAGAAGGCGACGAUCUCGGAAUACACCUGGUACAACGGACAACCCCCGCUGACGGAAACAGAAAUUCAGCUUCAGUCCAAUUUAUCAUCUCAAAACUCGACGUAAAGAGUCUUGCGGCAAGAGACGGACGCUUAAGGGAAGGUGACGAAAUUGUUAAUGUGAAUGGGCGUCUGCUGCGCGGGAUGACAACUGUAGGAGAAGCUGAGAGCUCUCUGGACAAGUGUUUACCUCCGUCCCCUUCAAGUCUCUUGAAAACUUUCCACGUCGACAUUGUCAUAGCGCGAGACGAACUGAAUGAAAGUCCUUUCGAGACAAACGGACUCACCAGUGAAGAAAGGAAGAUGUCGGACCAUAGUAUUUGGUCAUCGAGGUCAACUACGCCGACAUUUAGCGCUGAUGGAAGUUCCACUCCUCAAACCAUUGGCAGCACAGAACACAUUACGUGUUUCCAGAACGAGUUGGAGGCGUCGAAGUUAUGUUGGUCCAAAAGUGAAGACUUGGGCGAUGGUGUUAGUAAUCCGGAACCUCUUGGUACGAGGCACUCAGUUGAUGGCUCGUGCUUUCAGACUUUGUCGCCACGUAAAUUAGAUUUGUGGUUACGAAACAAAAGUUCGCAGUUCAGUGACGGUCUAGUACAAAUAGAUCGCUAUUUUCAACGUCACAGGGACUCUCAAAGCAGUGAUUGUGACCCCAACACCGUGAACGGUAAUAAUAAUAAUAACAAUAAUUAUAACGAAGAAUCUGCUAAUUAUUCCAAGUAUCAGAUCCGUGACAACUUUGAGGAUGAUGACGUAUUUGUAAAGACUCCAAGUUUUGAGAGUCCUUUAUCCGGAGAUACGAAUUUUCAGACUCUUGUUAACUCCCGCCCGAGUUUCAGAUGUAAGACGCCUUCAGACUCGACUGUGACACACGAGAAUUCGCCCAAACUUCGCAGGAAUUUUGCGUUGAUAGGUAGAACCGUCAAAUCUUUGGGUGCUGGAGGGAGACCGUCUUUUCCCGAUUCAAGUCUUGAAAUGAGCGCCAAGGAUCGACGUCGAUCAGUGGCGAUGUCCAGUCCCUGCUCUCCCGUGUCGUCGCCCGGGAGUGUUUCCCUGUCCAUGAGGCACAGCGCGACGUCCUUGCCACACAGUCGAUUCAGCUCUGCGGGGACUAGUCCCAGCACGCCGGUGGGGUCGCCGACGACGCGCUCGGGGUUCCUGGCGACGGGCUGUUCCUCCGCUCCGGUCACGCUGCACGCUGCCGUGUUCGAGAAAGGCGUCGGGAAGAAAUCUCUGGGUUUCAGCAUCGUUGGAGGUCGGGACUCGCCCCGAGGUCACAUGGGAAUAUUCGUGAAGACGAUAUUUCCCACGGGUCAAGCUGCUGAGACAGGAACGCUGUUUGAAGGGGACGAGAUCUUGGCUGUGAACGGCGAAGCCCUCCAGGGGAUGUCCCACGCCGAAGCCAUCGGAACUUUCAAGCGUAUCCGUUCUGGGCCCGUGGCGCUGCGUUUGGCAAGAAGGCCGGCGCUCAGACAACCGCGGUUGAAGUCUUCAGAAAGUAUGGAAUAAGGUCCCAGAGCCGAAAUAUCCAUAGGAGAAGAGUAGUUAAGCUGAGAGCACACCUCGUAAAGGAAUCUCUGCUUCGGCAGAGGAAACUGUUGUCUCUGUCAGAACGUUUUGUGCUGUCGUAUCCUUUUUUCCUGUUUGAAUUCUUUGUCAGGAGGCUCUGACAUGCCUUACCUUCUUCUCCGGUAGAGCAUCGUCAAUUAUUCUAGUCUUAACCAGUGCUUAAUUUGUGACGGAACUGCGUCUAAGCUUAAAAUGAGUUUUUAAGUCUCUAAAAUGAAGUUUUUACGUAAAAAUAAAUACAGAUAAAACCCUUUAAAAGACUUUUGCCCUUGUAGAUUGCUCUCUUCUGGGUUAUUGACAGGAGUUU